AUGUUGACAGGAUGGAGGCUUUCUCUGUCGAAAUUGUUCAUAAUACCGCAACGGUAUGUGCUCGCGAUAAUGGCGCUGUUUGCCGUGGCGAAUGCGUAUACAAUGCGAGUAUGUCUCAAUUUGGCGAUCACACAGAUGGUAAGGAGGGAUGUGGUUAGUGAAGGUGAUGAAAAUUACGAUCCCGAUGCCUGUACGGACUAUAAUAUACCGACAAAUACAACAAUGAAGUUAGCGGAUUAUAUUAUGAGGGAUAGUUCAUCCCUUUUCGAAUGGAGUGAAGCUACACAAGGUCUAAUUCUCAGCUCAUUUUAUUAUGGUUACGUACUAACUCACAUACCUGGUGGUAUAAUGGCUGAACGUUUCGGUGGCAAAUGGGUCCUGGGAUUAGGUUUGCUGUCUACAGCCGUUUGUACUAUUAUAACACCAAUCGCCGUCAAAAGUGGGGGAGCUACAGCUUUAUUUAUACUUCGUGUGGUCGAAGGACUUGGGGAGGGUCCAACUAUGCCUGCGUUGAUGGCGAUAAUAUCAAAAUGGGCACCAAAAUCUGAAAGGGCUCGUUUCGGAUCCAUUGUUUUUGGUGGCGCUCAAAUUGGUAACAUAGCGGGGUCAUACUUCUCAGGGCUCAUUAUGUAUGACGGAUCUUGGGAAAACGUAUUUUAUUUGUUUGGAGGCUUCGGCUUUGCAUGGUUUAUUUUAUGGUCACUCAUUUGCUACAGUACACCAAAUACGCAUCCUUUCAUUAGCGAUAGCGAGAAGAAAUUUUUGAAUGAAAACGUUCAAGCACUGAUUCAUAGUGAAAAGCAGAGAUUAGAACCAGUCCCGUGGAAGGCUUUACUUCGAUCUGUGCCUCUUUGGUCUUUGAUUGUCGCUGGUAUUGGUCACGACUGGGGUUACUUUUCAAUGGUUACUGACUUACCCAAGUACAUGACUGAUGUCUUGAAGUUUAAUAUUAGAUCUACUGGCUUACUAUCUGCCAUGCCAUACGUUGCGAUGUGGAUCGCCUCUUUCUUAUUCGGACUGGUCUGUGAUUUCUGUAUUAAAAGAAAUUACCACAGCAUAAUGACAGCUAGAAAAUUGUAUACGACAAUAGCCGCCACCGGUCCAGGUAUUUGUAUAAUUCUUGCUUCAUAUUCCGGCUGUGACACUACUUUAGCGGUGUUCUGGUUUAUUGCUGCCAUGACACUUAUGGGUGCUUACUACAGCGGUAUGAAAAUUAACGCCCUCGACAUAACCCCCAACUACGCCGGUACAACUACCGCGAUGGUGAAUGGUAUCGCUGCAGUAUCUGGAAUAAUUACGCCAUAUUUGAUCGGUAUACUGACUCCAAACUCAACGCUCAAAGAAUGGCGAAUAGCUUUUUGGGUAUGCCUUGCUGUUUUGGUGAUCACAAAUAUUCAGUACUUAAUCCUUGCGAAAGGUGAACAACUCUGGUGGGAUGACGUCAAUAAGCACGGUUAUCCACCAAACUGGAAGCAUGGCGAUCUACCUGUUAGAAAAAAUGACUCUGAGAAACUAAAAAUGGAAACCAAUAACGAGAAAAAGUAAAAUAUAGACCUGCUAGUCAAAAUUAUUUAAUUUCUUUAAAAAUAAAUUGUUAAAAAAUAA